UAACGGGGAGUUUCUGCCCCAUUUCGUCAGAUUGAUCAUUCGUCCGUGAGUUGCGACGCGAUCUCAUCAUCAUUGUCGAUGGGAGAGUGAUUGAAUUAGUCCGCCUUCGACACUUUUUUCCCUCGACCUCUGGCAUCUGGCGCUGCGAGGGACAACCAUUCUUGUGCGCCUGGUUGACAAGGUUGAGAGGCCUUGCGACGCCGCGUGCAAGUACAUAUCCCCCACUAGGUGGUUGUUUGCUUUCUCACUUUGUUGCUAAUGGAUUUGGAUGGUAGCUAUCGUGUAGAUCUGGUGUAUCAAUUGGAGAGCGUGUCGAUUGAUUGGAGGGUAGAGGGCCCGAGGGAGACAGAGGGAUUCAGGGAAAGGCGAUUGAGAUAAAUUGAGUGUGAAUAACAGACGUCCAUUGUCUCAGAGUUAGGUGCUCCGGCUCUGGGGGUUGGUGAUCGUAAUCGUAGGUAGUUUAAGUGGAGCUUCAAUUUUGGAGCAGUGAAUAAGCGCUUCCUGCUUAGAAGCGAAACGUUAUAUGUGUUGUUGAUUUGAAAAAGAUCACUUGUGGGAUUUUGUCGUUGUUCUUGUUGCUGCUGCUGCUGCUGCCGCCGUUGUUGUGGUGUUCUUUCUCAGUACGCAUCGAGUACGUGAAGGAUUUGUAAAGUAUUCACACCUCUGGCGAAGCUUUGGAAGUGAUUUUGAGUGUAGCGUUACGGAGAUCGGCUCUGCUCUCGUGGUUAGACCGUGGAAGCGGUCACAGUUUAGGGUGUUCGGAUAGAAGUUUGAAUAAUUGGAUCUUGUGAAGCAAGAGUACCAAGUUUAUUGGGGGUUGUAGAUAAUGUAAGCCUUCACAAGGCUCAGCGUACUAUUGCGAGUGUCUGCUGCUAAGAUGCACUGGACCUCUGUCUGUGUUUUCUCCUGAUCGAAAUUUUGGAGAUUGUGUCGCAACCGUGGAUCGUUUAUUGUAUAUAGUGUGCAGUUCUUUCGGAUCGAGUACAGACAACAUUGUCUUGACGGCCUUGGAUGCAUCGAAUGCGUAGUGUUUGGUACAUUCAAGAAAGGGAACAAGCGUAUGGGGAACUAGAAGGUUGUGCGGAUGGAUUGCGUUGGGCGUAUAAUUGUCUCUUAUGAGCUACUUGACAGAGGUUUUAUGCUAUCGUGAGAGCCUUGUAGCGGUGUGGAAAUGGCAUGGGGAAGCCUACAGCAUGACGCAGCAUUACAUUGGAGUGCAACUGCACUGCUGGUUGCUUCUGUAGAAGUGUUCGUAACCUUAUCAGUCCUCCUAUGCGCGGUCCUUAACUUUUGUAUUAACUCCUUCAUUAGACUGUCUGGAUUCCACAUUCCUUGCACUUGCUGUACGCAUCUUCAGAAAGAGCCAUUGGAAAAUGCAGUCAAGACACCCCUAAAAGAUUUCGUAAUUCCGCGGUCAAAGCCGAUUAGUGCUCCUAUUGCAAGUGAAGUGGGAUUGAGCGAUAUCCGUGACAGCGAUGAUUUCUUGAGAGAUGCCGAUCUCAAUAAGUCCUCAGAUUUGUCUGCAGACUCUGCUUUAUCCGAGAGCACGUCUGACAAGCCAUUGUUGGAGGUGCCUCCUGAAGAUGAACAAGAAGGGGCGGCGUCUGACGAGACAACCGUUCCUCCACCCGAACAAGUGAAGGAAGAUUCCAAUGAUCGGAUUCAAGAGGAUGCGAACAGGGAGAAUCAUGCGAAGGAUCAGGAGGCGCUGCAAGCUCUGCAAGCAGAGCGCGAAGCCAUGGCUGCUCUUUACAGUGAGUUGGAAGAGGAAAGGAACUCUUCUGCAACAGCUGCAAGUGAAGCUCUUGCCAUGAUCUCCAGGUUACAAGAAGAGAAAGCAGCUAUUCAGAUGGAGUCUCGACAGUUUCAGCGGAUGGUUAUGGAGAAGGCCAUGUACGACCAGGAGGCAAUUGAGGUUUUGAAAGAAAUUCUUGCAAAACGCGAGGAAGAACGACUUGCGCUGGAAGACGAAAUGCAGCUAUAUAAGGAGAAAUUAGAAGCCCUAUUGAUGGAAGAUAUGGACUCGGCUGAAAGAGAUGGAGGAGAUCAUGAACGAGCCGAGCUUGUAACGACCGACAGAGUCAUCUCCAAUUCAAGACUUGCAAAGGAGGAGGAAACUGAAUUCCUUGACAGACUGAACAAAACUAAGAGUCAGCUCCUGACUGCUCUGCUUGGGAAGGGUAUUCCUGAACCUGCGAGCGCGUUUGUGGAGUCAGCGAGUUUUGCUAAUGAGAUCCAUAAAGCGAUGUCGAAAAUCCCUCUUAGAGCUGAAAGCCUCCCAAUACUGGAUCAGGUUAACCAUAAAAGUUCAUUAGGGUUGGAUGCGACCAGUUCAGGUCGUGAGAUUGGUUUGGCGAUUCCCUCCUCCAUGUCCCAUAAGAAGCAGACCGAGCGGGCGUCCGCGAAGGCCAAGGAUACUGGUAUAACUACUGAUGAACCUGUGCUUGCCAGCCAUGAAAUGGGUCCCUCAACUUCCCUUAUGACAGUUGAGGAGAGGAACGAAGAAGCCUUGCUAAGGGAUGAUGGAAAGGUCGCGGAUGAACCUGUGUCUGGCAACCGUAAGAGCAGUCUUCCAACUCAUUUCUUUGCAGCCGUUAAGAAGCAGACUGAGAAGACUUUGAUAAAAGAUGAUGAAAAACAUGAUAAAAAGCCUGAAUUUGUUAGUCUUUUGAGUUUGAAGAGAAGGUGGAGUGUUCGUGGUUCUCAAGAAUUAGAGAGUCUAGCGAAAGAAAACAGGCGUAUAGAAGAGAAGAGGUUGUCAGUGUUGGAGUAUGUGAAGAAUUUGGAAGAGCAACUUCAACAGCAACGAGGGAGACAUGCUGCGCUGCAUGCUAGGUCGACAAGUAUAAGUGGAGAGGAAAAUAUUAGAUUCAAGGAUACUGGUCAAGUUGAAAGCAGCUCUGCUUCAGUGACUUCAGGAAGUUCAGAGGGACUUGGAAGAGAUGACUCACUUCCGCGAAGACUGUUCGUGGACGGAGAUUCCGCUGAUAAAGAGUUCAGAACCCCUUUCCAAGGCGGGAAAGAUCACCGGAUAUACUCGCAGCAGUACAGUUUCAAUUCUGAAAGUGAUGGCAAAGGCAGUAAUGACGAUGGGGAAUUGUAUGCCAACGCUGAGAGAUCAGAAGAGCUUACUGACGAAGCUUUGUUCGUGCAUGAUGUUUAUGAGGUGCAAAACCACCUUCACGAAGCUCCAUCAAGGUUUGGCCUAUGGGUUGCAGGCAGUAGGGCUAGUCUAGAGAUACGUUCUCCUAUUUCAGACCGCCUAGGGAAGCCAGAUAAUCUUGAUUUUGAAGAAGAGAAUACACGAAACAAGGAAGAACAAGAUGCACAAUUUUUGAGUGAUGCCUCAGCCUUCCCACAAGCAGAUGAAGACUUGGGCUUUGUGACCCAGUGGAGAGAUAUGAAUAGAACUCAGCAUGAGACUUUGCGCAUCUCCACCUUGCGUAGAAACGAGAAUUCUAGGUCUACAGUGGAAGAACAGGUUGAAAAGUUGACGGAUCGUCUUAAAGCUUUGGAGGCUGAUAGGUAUCUGAUGAAGCAGACAAUUGACUCUCUGAGAAGAGAGAAUGGAGAGAUGAAACUCAUUCAAGAGAUUGCUCAGCAGUUGCGCGAGCUAAGAGGCAUGGAGCAGAAGGAGAUGCAGUCGAUGGAUUUGCCCCCUUCUCUGCACUUCCAGGCUGGUGUUGCCCACGUUGGCCCAAGAACAUGUAAGAAGCGUCGAUACAACAGUACUCCAGGAGCAUCAUCAUGUAGGCCUGGUACACGUACCCCAGGGCAUUCUCGUGGCUCUUCGAGGUCGCAGCUUGACCUGGGUGUAGACGGGGAAAAUAAUAAUCUCCAUUGUGUUGUUUAGUUAAGGGGUAUCAAUAGGACUGCUCAGUGAGAACUCGAUCAAAACUGAACAGUUUCAGGUAUAAAAGGUUCUGACGAGCUUCAGGUCGGUAAUGGUGGAAACUCAACGUUAACUCUAGACGAUCCUACAGAUCCUUUUGCUGUUGUAUGCGUAUGGUGGACUAAACUUGGUUGGUUACAACUCUAAGGGGUAACUCUGCAGGUUUUGUACGAUAAGCAGGAACUUAUGAACCAAAAUAAAUUCUACCCUUCUUCAGGAAGGUUAGCGGUUUACAAUCGUA